UGGCGGAGCAAUCAUGGCGGACUCCGGGUCCGGUUUGCAAAGCUCCCUGAAACAGCUUCAGGAAUCCCUGGCCGCCGCAGACCGCUGCGGCGCGGCGAUGACCAGUUGUCAACUGAUCCGGCGCUUGGGGCAGGAGUGCGUGUUGAGCUGUGGCACUGCGGUGCAGGCAUUACAGACUUCCUUAAUUUUUUCUAAAGAGUUUGGUUUGCUUAUAUUUGUUCGGAAAUCACUUAGCAUUGAGGAAUUCCGUGAUUGUAGAGAAGAAAUCUUAAAAUUUUUAUAUGUUUUCUUGGAAAAAAUUGGCCAAAAGAUUACACCUUAUUCUCUUGAUGUUAAGAACAUUUGUACCAGUGUUUAUACAAAAGAUAAAGCUGCUAAAUGUAAGAUUCCAGCCCUAGACCUUCUUAUUAAGUUACUUCAGACAUUGAGAAGUUCUAGACUUAUGGAUGAAUUUAGAAUUGGAGAAUUAUUUAGCAAAUUCUACGGAGAACUUGCAUGGAAAUCAAAAAUACCAGAUACAGUUUUAGAGAAAAUAUACGAGCUUCUAGGAGUAUUGGGGGAAGUUCACCCUAGUGAGAUGAUAAAUAAUUCAGAAAAUCUGUUCCGGGCUUUUCUGGGUGAGCUUAAGACCCAGAUGACAUCAGCAGUGAGAGAACCCAAACUGCUUGUGGUGGCAGGAUGCCUAAAGGGAUUGUCUUCACUCCUGUGUAACUUCACUAAAUCCAUGGAAGAAGAUCCCCAGACCUCAAAGGAGAUUUUUGACUUUGCAUUGAAGGCAAUUUGUCCUCAGGUAGAUCUGAAGCGGUAUGCUGUACCUUUAGCUGGCUUACGCUUGUUUACCCUGCAUGCACCACAAUUCAGCACCUGCCUUCUGGACAACUAUGUCACUUUAUUUGAAAUAAUGUCAAAAUGGUGUAGCCAUACAAAUGUAGAACUAAAGAAAGCUGGACUUUCAGCCUUGGAAUCUUUCCUGAAACAGGUUUCUUUUAUGGUGGCAAAAGACACAGAAAAGCACAAAAACAAGCUGCAGUAUUUUAUGGAGCAAUUCUAUGGAAUCAUCAGGAAUGUGGACGCAAACAGCAAGGAUUUAUCCAUUGCAAUUCGUGGAUAUGGACUUUUUGCAGGACCUUGCAAAGUCAUCAAUGCCACGGACGUCGACUUCAUGUACAUAGAGCUCAUUCAGCGCUGCAAGCAGCUAUUCCUCAUGCAGACAGAUGCUGCUGAGGACCAUGCUUACCACAUGCCCAGUUUCCUGCAGUCCAUCGCAAGUGUUCUGUUUUACCUUGACACUGUCCCAGAGGUGUAUACUCCAGUUCUGGAACAUCUCAUGGUGGUGCAGAUAGACACUUUCCCACAGUACAGCCCAAAAAUGCAGUCGAUGUGUUGUAGAGCCAUAGUGAAAGUUUUCCUGGCUUUAGCAGAAAAAGGACCAGUUCUUUGGAAUUGUAUUAGUACCAUAGUGCAUCAAGGUUUAAUCAGGAUAUGUUCGAAGCCAGUGAUUCUUCAAAAGAGUGCUGAGACUGAAUCUGAAGACACUCGUGCAUCAGGGGAAGUCAGAACUGGCAAAUGGAAAGUGCCCACAUACAAAGACUAUUUGGAUCUAUUUAGAAAUCUCCUGAGCUGUGACCAGACAAUGAAUUCUCUCUUAGCGGAUGAAUCUUUUCCCUUUGUGAAUUCCUCCCUUCAAAGUCUGAAUCGUUUGCUAUAUGAUGAAUUUGUAAAAUCUGUCUUGAAGAUUGUGGAUAAAUUGGACCUUACACUAGAAAAACAGAAUGUUGGACAACACGAGGAUGAACAUGAGGCUGCAGGUGUUUGGGUGAUUCCAACUUCAGACCCAGCUGCAAACUUGCAUCCUGCUAAACCUAAAGAUUUCUCAGCUUUCAUUAACCUGGUGGAAUUUUGCAGAGAGAUUCUUCCCGGGAAGCAUGUGGAAUAUUUUGAGCCGUGGGUAUACUCAUUUGCAUAUGAAUUAAUCACACAGUCAACAAGGUUGCCUCUCAUCAGUGGUUUCUACAAAUUGCUUUCUGUUGCUUUGAGAAGUGCUAAGAAAUUAAAAUAUUUUGAGGGAGUUAGUCCAAAGAGUCAGAAGCAACCUCUCGAGAACCCAGAAAAAUCUUCUUGCUUUGCUUUGUUUUUGAAAUUCGGCAAAGAGGUAUCGGUUAAAAUGAAGCAAUACAAAGAUGAACUUCUCGCUUCCUGUUUGACCUUCAUUCUGACUCUGCCACAUGACAUCGUUGAACUUGAUGUGAAGGCCUACCUUCCUGCCUUGCAGAUGGCUUUUAAAUUGGGCCUGAGCUAUACCCCACUGGCAGAAGCAGGUCUCAAUGCCCUAGAAGAAUGGUCAGUUUACAUCUGCAAAAAUGUGAUUCAGCCUUAUUAUAAAGACAUCCUACCCAGUCUUGAUGGAUAUCUGAAAACUUCAGCCUUAACAGAUGAAAACAAGAAUAGCUUGCAGGUGCCAGCACUGUCUCGGGCUGCCCAGAAAGGAUUUAAUAAAGUUGUGCUAAAGCAUCUGAAAAAGACAAAGACUAUCCCAUCAAGUGAAGCUCUGUCCUUACAAGAAAUAAGGGUUAGAGUAGUGCAAAUGCUUGGUUCUCUGGGAGGACAAAUAAACAAGAACCUUCUAACAGCUACAUCUUCAGAUGAAAUGAUGAAGAAAUACGUGGCAUGGGACAGGGAAAAGAAGCUCAGUUUUGCAGUGCCGUUCAUGGAAAUGAAGCCUGUCAUUCAUCUGGAUGUAUUUUUGCCUCGGGUCACAGAAUUAGCUCUCACAGCUAGUGACAGACAGACUAAAGUUGCAGCUUGUGAACUUCUGCAUAGCAUGGUCAUGUUUAUGUUGGGGAAGGCCACUCAAAUGCCCGAAGGUAAUCAGGGCAUCCCACCCAUGUACCGGCUCUACAAGCGCACAUUCCCUGUCCUACUUCAACUUGCCUGUGAUGUAGAUCAGGUGACAAGGCAACUCUAUGAGCCUCUAGUCAUGCAGCUGAUACACUGGUUUACGAACAAUAAGAAGUUUGAAAGUCAAGAUACUGUCGCCUUACUGGAAACAAUAUUGGAUGGAAUUGUAGACCCCAAUGACAGUACUUUAAGAGACUUUUGCGGUAAGUGUAUUCGAGAAUUCCUCAAGUGGUCCAUUAAGCAGACAACGCCCCAGCAGCAGGAAAGAAGUCCAGUAAACACCAAAUCACUCUUCAAGAGACUGUACAGCUUUGCACUGCACCCCAAUGCUUUCAAGAGGCUCGGAGCAUCACUUGCUUUUAACAAUAUCUAUAGGGAGUUCAGGGAAGAAGAGUCCUUGGUGGAGCAGUUUGUGUUUGAAGCCUUGGUGACAUAUAUGGAAAGCCUGGCCUUAGCACACACAGAUGAAAAGUCCUUAGGUACAGUUCAGCAGUGCUGUGAUGCUAUUGAUCACCUGAGCCGCAUCAUUGAUAAGAAGCAUGUUGCUUUAAGCAAAGCAAAGAAACGCCGAUGGCCCAGAGGCUUUCCACCUGGCGAACCGCUGUGUUUGUUGAAUCUGGUGCAGUGGCUUUUAACACAUUGUGGGAGACCUCAGACAGAGUUUCGGCACAAGUCCAUAGAACUCUUUUAUAAAUUUGUUCCCUUGUUGCCAGGCAACAAAUCCCCUUCUUCUUGGCUGAAAGACACUCUCCAGAAAGAAGAAGCCUCUUUUCUCAUAAACACAUUUGAAGGGGGAGGAGGAGGCCAUGACCGGCCUUCAGGCAUCCUGGCGCAACCCACUCUCUGCCACCUGACAGGACCCUUUAGCCUGCGGGCCACCUUGCAGUGGCUGGACAUGCUGUUGGCAGCACUGGAGUGUUACAACACCUUCCUCAAGGAGAGGACCCUGGGAGCACCAGAGAUGCUGGGUAUUAAAGCACAUUCUUCUCUUUGGGAAGCAGUAGCUUUCUUUUUAGAGAACAUUUCCAUGCAUGAUAUUACUGCAGCAGAGAAGUGCUUUGGCACUGGAGCAACAGGAAUUAAAGUUAGCCCACAAGAAGAAGAAAAAUAUAAUUACAGUAAGUGCACAGUUGUGGUCCGGAUAAUGGAAUUUGCCACAACCCUGCUCAGCACUUCCCCUGACAUCUGGAAGCUACUGGAGAAGGACUUAAUUAAUACACACCUCAUGACACUCCUGGUAAAAACUGUGUGCAAGCCCCUGAGCGUGGGUUUCAAUAUUGGUGACAUCCUGGUGAUGGAUCGUCUUCCCACAGUUUGUGUCAACCUGAUGAGAGCCCUGAAGAAGUCUCCACACAGAGAGUUCCUGGAGCUACACCUCAAGGCACAAAUCACAGCACAGAGCAUCGAGGAGCUCUGUGCUGUGGACCUGUAUGGCCCUGACAUGCAGGAGGGCCGGGCCAAGUUGGCUUCCAUCAUCUCAGCUGGUAAACAGCUUCAUAGGGCUGGGUUUCUGCACGUCAUCUUGCCAGCUCAGUCUGCAGAUCAGCACCGCUCAAUUGGUGUGAAGCUCCUCUCCCUGGUGUACAGAAGCAUUGCACCUGGACAGGAAGGGCAAUUACUGCCUACCCUCGACCCCAGCUGUAAGCGGUUAGCCAGUGGACUUCUGGAAUUGGCCUUUGCCUUUGGAACAGUGUGUGAACAUCUUAUGGGGCUCCUGCUGGAUAAGGCAGUGCUGUACAUGCCUUCUUCAGGAGGGUCUCAGAGAAGUAUCGUCAGCUUCGCCCACGGAGCCUAUUUUUAUAGCCUGUUCUCGGAAACGAUCAACUCUGAAUUGUUCAAAAAUCUAGAUCUUGCUCUACUGGUACUCAUGAAAUCGUCGGUGGACAAUCCUAAAAUGGUGAGCACUGUUUUGAACGGCCUGUUGGAUCAGAGCUUCAGGGAUCGCACCAUCCAGAAGCACCAGGGACUGAAACUUACGACGACAAUUCUACACAAUUGGAGGAGGUGUGAUUCAUGGUGGACCGAGGAUUCUUCUUCUGAAAGUAAAACAGCAGUACUGACCUUACUGGCAAAAAUUUUGCAGAUUGAUUCAUCUGUAUCUUAUAACAGAAAUCAUAAUGCCUUCCCUGAAGUCUUUGCAACAUAUACUAGUCUUCUUGGAGAUCCCAAGUUGGGUUUGCAUUUAAAGGUAAGUGACUGAAAGCUUUUGUUUUUCAAAUUACAUUCUCUGUCAUUUUCUUACUUGCAUAUGGGCUAUCUUUUUUUUAUCACUGUGGAAAUUCUGAAUAUAAACCACAACAGAAGGACUAGU